UAAUGAUGCUUGCGUGGCUUAUCUUAUCGGUCUGCGGUGGGGAUUCAAUGAUCCAACGACGUCAUAUCACCAGUUGGCUGCGGUCUAAAUAAAACCCCAGGAAGCCCAUGUUCACUCCCUAAAGCUCUCUGCUUUACUCAGAUAAAAACAGUCUCAUAAUAUGGCACCAGUACCUGCAUCAAUUCUGCGUGCACUCUCCCUCCCGGAUGCCUCGAAGGCCAGCCUCUCAACCGCAAACCUAGGCUCCGGCUUCACCAGCACGGGGGUAAUUCGAGCCACCGUCCCCACCGCAGACGGGGCAGGCGAGAAAGAGCGCCGGUACUUCGUCAAGACGUCCGCAGACGGCCAAGCCGCAGAGGAGAUGUUCCGCGGCGAGUACGAGUCUCUCAAUGCCAUCGCCGACUCAGUGCCUGGGUUCUGCCCUCGAGCACUAGCGUGGGGACCGCUGGAAGCGCAAGACAGCAAGGGCAAGAGCAAGGGCUUCUUUCUCGCGACCGAGUUCCUCGAAUUAGGCGCUGCGGUUGGGCAAGUUGCACUCUACGCCUGCGCCCGCGGAUCCCGAGACGGGCAGGCGGCGGUUCGGUUCCCCGUAGCGACGUUCUGCGGGGACACGAAGCAGCCGAAUCGAUGGCGGGAUUCAUGGGCGGAGUUCUACGCGCAGGAGCGGCUGCUGACGGUGUUGGAGACGUCGGAGAAGCGGAAUGGGAAGGAUGCGGGCUUGCGGGAGAUGGUGGAGCGGACGGUGGGCAGUGUUGUGCCGGCGUUGCUGGGGGAUGGACAUCUGGGUAUGAUCGGGAGGGGAAGGGGGAGGGAUCACGCCGGUGGUGGUGCAUGGGGAUCUGUGGAGUGGGAAUGCGGACCGGGGCGGAUUGUGGGCAGUGGGCGUAAGGAGGACGAGGGGGUGGCGAGGUGGUAUGUUUGGGGGUUUGGGUCGGCGUUCUUCGAGGCGUAUCAUCGCAUCGUGCCCAAGACCGAGCCGGUGGAGGAGUAUGAGGACCGCGUGAGGUUGUACGAGCUGUAUCAUCACCUGAACCACCAUGCCAUCUUUGGGGCUGGAUAUCGAUCGGGUGCGGUAUCGAUUAUGCAGAAGCUGCUUAAGAAAUACGGCGAUAGUUGA